CGAGCAGAUAUUACCUUCGAGAAGAACGUGAAGGGAACAUCGACCUUUAGCAACCUCGACCUCCUACUUUUGGGAUACAUCACUUCAAAGAGCCACUCUGCAGAAAAGUGUGACUAUGUGGACAUUGGGAAAGUAAAAACCCUUGGAGAAGGCCCAACAACAUUCUCUAUGGUGACCCUCAAUGAUGAUAUCGCCCUGGAGUACAGCGAUCAAGUCGUUCUUAAGUUCAGUGCAGUCCACAAAAGCACGUUCAUAGAAGAAUGAAAGCUAUGGAGUAGUCCUGCGAAAUAUGUCCUACGUGAACAUUCUUGAUAAUGACGAUCUUGAGAUCCACUUCGAUCACAUGCGUUACGAAGUGACGGAGGGUGACGGGAAUAAAGACGUCAUAUUUUACCAUCGGACUACAGAGGAAGAUUUCACUCUAACUGUGACACCAGUCGAGGCAUCA